CAUUGGCUUUACGGUUCUCAUACCUCAGCGAAGAGCUGAAAGUAAAAUCUGUAAAAUGGCUACUACUAACAAGCUUUCACAGUUUCUUAUAUCAAAUGACGUACCAUUCAACUUCUUAGAGUGUAGAAAAGCGUUUGAUGGGUUAACUAACAAGGAAAAGUUAUAUUCACAUUAUCUGUGUUGUGCCUCCUGGCAUGGUGCUCUUAUUUGUCUAUUGCAAACUUCUCCUGAAUCUCCUGGAUUAUUUCUGCUGUUUCAAAAGAUUUUCUCCGCAGAAAGUGUUGAAAGUUUUUGUAAAUCAAUGCAGGCUGGUGAACGGGGAUUAUCAGACAUUCAGAUUAAGAGCUUCCUCACGUAUGUUGCCAGUUUCUAUGGUAAUAUGGGAAACUACAAAUCAUUUGGGGACACCAAAUUUAUCCCAGCAUUAGAUAAGGAUGUUUUCUAUUAUGGAAUCACUUGCAGUGCAGCAUACAAAAAAGAAGAAGACAAGGUCAAGGAACUUUGUAUGGCUGUUCUCAAUGACAUGUAUAGUUUAAGUGAUAGAAGGAAGCAAUUGGGACUUGGAGAACAGGGAUUAUCAACAUACUACUCAAGCAAUGUCAGAAGGGAGGAUGUAGUUUUUAUUCAAGAUUUUAUGAAGGAAAAGGAAAUUAGUCCAUAUAAUACUCGACUUUUUAAAGUGGAAAAAGGUGACAGUGUGGUUUAUGAACUUCGUUUGGCUUCAGUGGCUACCACAGCUGUAGCAAUGGUUGGACCUCUUGGUCAAGAGGACAUAGUACAAACCUGGCUUGGAGACCAUAUCUACAAAGAUGCUACUAUCAAAAUAAGCCGAGGAGAUUACUCUGGUAUUCUAAAGAAUAUGGUAGAAUGUUUGAUUGAAGCUGAGAAAUAUUCAGCAAACAACAAUCAAUCAUCAAUGCUUAACGAUUACAUUCAUUGCUUUAAUACUGGUUCAAUAAAAGCUCACAAGAAUGGUUCACGACAUUGGAUACGAGAUAAAGGGCCUGUGGUUGAAAGUUACAUAGGAUUUAUAGAGAGUUAUCGAGAUCCAUUUGGUGUUCGUGGAGAAUUUGAAGGAUUUGUUGCAAUGGUGAAUAAAGAAAUGAGCAAAAAAUUUGCGGAUUUGGUUAAUACUGCCACAGAUCUGUUGCCAUUACUACCUUGGCCACAAGAGUAUGAAAAGGAUCAGUUUCUUCGACCGGACUUCACAUCUCUAGAUGUUCUUGGCUUUGGUUCCAGUGGAGUGCCUGCUGGUAUCAAUAUUCCCAAUUAUGAUGAUAUCAGACAAACAGAAGGAUUUAAAAAUGUUUCAUUAGGCAAUGUUUUGGCAUCACGAAAUAGCAAUGAAAAAGUGACAUUUGUUGCAAAUGAGUAUCAAGAGUUAUUCAACAAUUUAAAGGGACAGUCUUUCGAAGUGCAGGUUGGCCUUCAUGAACUGUUGGGGCACGGUAGUGGUAAGCUAUUUCAGUUGAAUGAAGAUGGAAGCUAUAACUUUGAUAGAGAAACAAUAAUACCUGAUACCAGGACAGUAGUGGAUAGUUGGUACCGUCCAAGGGAAACAUGGGAUAUUGUAUUUCAGGAGAUUGCAUCCACAUACGAAGAAUGUCGUGCAGAGUGUGUUGGAUUGUAUCUUUGUUUGAACAAAAAAGUAUUGAGUAUAUUUGGUCACAAAGGCAAAUAUGCAAAUGACAUUUCGUACAUUAAUUGGUUGAACAUGGUUCGUGCAGGCUUGAUUGCUUUGGAAUUUUACACCCCAGAAAAUAAAAAAUGGCGACAGGCUCAUAUGCAAGCAAGAUAUGUGAUCCUUCAAGUUUUACUUGAAGCUGGAGAGAAUCUUGUUGCAAUCAACAAAAUUGUUGAUGAAGAUGGCAAAGAAACACUUAAAAUUCAACUAGAUGAAGCAAAAAUACCAACAGUUGGAAAAGAUGCCAUUGGUAAAUUUCUUCAGCGACUACAGAUUUACAAGUCAACUGCAGAUUAUGAAAAGGGAAAAAAGAUGUACUGUGGCUAUUCUCAAGUCAAUGAGAAAUUUCUUGACCUGCGUCGGAUUGUCUUAAUGAAUAAACAACCUCGACGAAUGUUGGUGCAAGCCAACACAACCCUUCAAGACAAUGACAUCAUACUUCAUGAAUAUGAACCGAGUGCUGUUGGCAUGAUCACAUCAUUUAGAGAGAGAUAUCCUUCCCAGCAUUCAGUUCUGGAAAAGCUAUGGAAGGAUGAUGCCAUUUUUCAUCAAUACAAGACAUGAAAAUUGACAAUGACAAAAUUAAUGAUUUUAGUAAAAAAUACUUAAAUUAUCUUAAAAGAUCCUUGCUAUUUACAGUA